GGAUAGAGGGAUGCUUUCGGAAGUUGACAGGUGCGUGAUGUUCAUGUUACACCUGCCUGAAGAGAAGAGGAGGGAGGUCCUCGGAAAGGCCCCUUGGGACUCCGCUAAUUUUGAAAGAGUCACCGAAGUGGUCUUCACUGGAGGAGGUGUGGACGUACGGGAAUAUAUGAAGGAGAAUCUGGACAUGGCCCUCCGGAGUAUGCACUCCCAAAAGGGCGACGGUCCAUGCGGAAACGAAAGGCAGCCCCUUGGGCCUCCCGCCCAACGCUGGGGAGGAGGACCCCUGGGUUGGCGGAACGAACCUGACAACCAAGGGAACUGGAGGAACGAUCGAGAGGCCGGAGGGAAUCGGGCCUUGGAAUUGGGAAACUCCCGAUGGAAGGACGCGAGGGAUGGAAGAUGGGGAGACCCUCCCCAACCUAGGGCCAUGGGGGCUCGACCAGAGGUAAGUCAGGCUAGAACGCCACCGCCUUCCGGGGCUCCCGCGACAACGGGAACGCCCCCUCAAGUCACUCCCCGUCCUAACAACCCGCCGCCUCGAAGCGGGUGUGUCUAUUGCAAUGAGGAGGGUUACAUCAAAAGAGAGUGCCCUUACCUUACGGAAGCCCUAAGAUUAGGGGUGGUAAAAUUAAACGAGAACAAGUGGGUGGUUUGGGGGGACGAUAGGGAAGCAGUUUCCUUCUAUCCUUCGAUGAAGGUAAAUGUGGACAAGAGGAUAGCCCUCCAGGAGGCAAGAUUAGAGAAAAAGUUCGAGAUCGGGAGUACCUCCAACUCCUCCCGCGUCCAAAUGACAGAAUCGCUAGGAGGCGUGUCCAUAAGGGAGCCCCAGGUGUCGAGCAUCAAAUUCGUUGAGACCCAGCCCGGAGAGGAAGGGCCUUGCCUAAGGGUAAGGACCCAAGUUGGGGCCGGACCGUCUAAAGGCAAGGAAAGCGCGACGGAUGGUGGAGGAAGAAGGAACGGCGACGACGACCAACCGAUGGUCGACGCCAAAGGCACGGAAGAGAGGAAGGGGGAGGAACCCACUUCACCUAAGUCGCCUAGGAAAAAGGGGGCAAAAAAGUUCGAGAUGAAAUGCACCUUGGACGAAAUAGACAUGGUAGCUCCCCUACGGAGGACCCUAAUGCAGCCUAUGCAAUGCACCCUUCUGGAGUACUUAGCGGUCAGCAAGAGCGCUAGGGAUGAGUUCCUAAGCAUCACAAAGAAAGUGAGAAUCCCGCUCGCUGGAGGGCCCACGGUUCCUGGGGAUGGGCUAGCCCAAGAAGGAGUGCAGUCCUCCCGGAUCACCAUGGAAGAACUGCCGGCGAAUUUCUUCGCGGAAGAGGAGGCCAAAAGGUUUUAUGUAUUAGGGAGCGACCAGCUCCAAGCAGUGGUAAGUGGAAAGAAGAUGAGGGCUCUGGUAGAUAACGGGUCCGAAUCCACGGUGUGUAGAGACUCCAUUGCCAGGGAGUUGGGUUUGAAAGUAAAUAAAGGGGUGUCCAUGUCGAUGGUGGUUGCGGAUAACAAGCUGCAGCCGGCAGAGGGGGUGUGUCAUAACCCCAUGAUCGAGGUUGCCGGCGUCGAAGCCACGGUUCCAGACGGGAGUCAGACCCUCUCGAUCCAGAGUCCGGACGGAAUCCGAGUCGUCCUAAAGGCUGUGGACGCUCAAGAUGAGAGAAACCGGACCAGCAUUCCGAGACGUAAAGAAGCCCAGUCGAGGGUGUGCCAAGUCCGUUUGGAAGAAUCACCCUUUGAUGGUAAGGAGCCCCCGGGGGACCGAUUAGACGUCGAGGAUGUCAGGGGUCGGGUUGUGAUCGAUGGGGUAGGAUACGAGAACGAGGACGAGGAAGAGGAGCUCGGUGGAUACGUAAGGCUGUCUUUUUUGGAGGAAUCCCCCUAGUUGGCGAAAUCAAGAAGCAUAAAACCG